AUGAGCAAGCACAGAUUAGACGAUGGCGCUCAGUCAGACAAGCAAGAGCGAAAGAGACGGAAGAAGGAGCGGAAAGAGGCAUUGAAGAGCGAGAUUUUGACGCCGCCCACCUCAACAGAUGCUACCGCUGCCUCGACACCAGUGCCAGAAGAAGGCCACGAAGACAAUGAAUCGAGCUACAAACAGUCAAAGUCGCUGACGGCCCUGCCGCAAGCCGACAUAGACAGCUUCCUCACGACCGACGCAGUCCAGAUCAAAGACCCUCAAUCAACAUCAGACACCCUCCGCCCAAUCCUCUCAUUCGACCAACUCCCGCCCGAACUCGCCUCACAAUUCGCACCCAUCUUCAGCACCUUCAAGAAACCCUCCGCCAUCCAGUCCGCCGCCUGGCCCUUCCUCCUAUCCGGCAGAGAUGUAGUCGGCAUAGCAGAGACCGGCUCCGGCAAGACCCUAGCAUUCGGCCUCCCCCUCGUGGCCCGCCUCUCAACCCUCAACAAGAAAAAGGGCAUCCGCGCCGUCAUCGUCGCCCCAACUCGGGAACUCGCCAUUCAAGUGCACGAACAAAUUGCCGCCCUCUGUGCCGCAACGCCAACCCUCAAAUCAACCUGCGUCUACGGCGGCAGCAACAAAGACGAACAGCGCCGCACCCUCAAGCACGCCAACGUCAUUGUCGCCACCCCGGGCCGCCUCAAGGACUUCAUGUCCGAUGGCACCAUCUCCCUCUCCAAGACCCGCUACCUCGUCCUCGACGAAGCCGACCGCAUGCUCGACAAGGGCUUCGAAGACGACAUCAAACAGAUCAUCUCCUCCAUGCCUGCUUCUGGCACCAAACGCCAAACCGCCAUGUUCACAGCCACCUGGCCGAAAUCCAUCCGUGACCUCGCCGCAACCUUCAUGACCACUCCCACACGCAUCAUCAUCGGCCAAGAACCCGCCCAGUCAUCAGGAGACCUCCGCGCCAACACACGCAUCAAGCAAAUCGUCGAACAUACCGCCGGCCCAAAAUCCCGCGACCGCAUUCUAGUGUUCUGCCUCUACAAGAAAGAAGCAUCCCGCGUCGAAUCCUUCAUCUCCCAGCGCGGCUACUCCGUCGCGGGCAUCCACGGCGAUCUGAAACAAUCCGACCGCUUGGCCUCACUCAGUGCAUUCAAAUCCGGCACCUCCAACAUCCUCGUCGCGACCGACGUCGCCGCCCGCGGCCUCGACAUCCCAGAAGUCAAAGUAGUCAUCAACGUCACCUUCCCGCUCACAGCAGAAGACUACGUCCACCGCAUCGGCCGGACAGGCCGCGCAGGCAAAGAAGGAUUAGCGGUUACCAUGUUCACCGAGCACGACAAGCCUCUGGCGGGAGCAUUGGUGAACGUGCUCAAAGGCGCAGGCCAGCCUGUCCCCGAAGACCUGCUGAAAUUCGGCACGACAGUGAAGAAGAAGACACACGACGCGUAUGGCGCGUUUGGACCAAAGGAAGAUCUUGAGGGCAAGACAGCUACGAAGAUCACCUUUGACUGA